AGGGGAUUUGACAGAUGGCGAAGAGCAGCAUCUCUCCAAGGAAAACUCUGAAGCGCCUGUUUUUCUCCAGAAGCACCGCAGACCUGCAGGAACGUGGCGAGAAACAGGAGAGUAAAUCACACACACUGUUCAAAUGGAGAGAGAAGAAAAAAGACAAGAGAGUGGAGUCUCCUGAACCUGCGCCAGCAGAAGAGCACAAUGGAGGAGAUUGGAAUGCUGCAUCUAUUUACACCACUGUGCCCAGGUCAAAGAAGGGACUGUUUUCUCGUUCUGAGACCGACCUCCAUAAACCCAAGCGCUUUGCCACGCUCUCUUUUGCCUGGAAGAAAAAGAAGAAGAACACAAAUCUCUCUCAGAGCUUUUCAAGUAUCAGUGUGGAGUCUGAGGUCAGAGGUCACAUCAGAGACCCAGAUGAUGAAAUCAAGAUGGAACAAACUUUCCUCAGGCAACAGGUGCCUUCUGAGGGAGUGGAAAUUGACUCAUUGGACCAUGAUGCUGGAAGCAGUCAAGAAGAAGAUCCAAACGCAGUAGAAUUUAUGCUAGCGAACACUGAGAGCAUGCACAUUUCACACAUCGACUCCUUGGUUUCUGUCAGUGAUGGUUACUGUACUCCUCCAGAAAGUUCUGGUUUGGACUCUUCUUCUCAAUCACUUACUGUUAACGAUACUGAACUGCACCAGCCCUAUAACAAGUACAGCAAAAUUACUUCAGGACAAUUACCUGACACCACUAUACAUGCUACUGCUGAAGAAGGUUCCAGAUUAUCUCUCCUGACCUCAACAGAUCACAUGAGUCUCUCAAACUCACCCACCAGAAUGUUUGAAGGCCACUUUGUACCAGUCAUUCCCACUCCCACCAGCUCUGUGGACUCCUCUAUCAACAGCUCACUCAUAACCAAACACCACCCGGACAGGAGCACCAGUGCUGACAGCAGGGAUCACUCUUUCACACAUCAUCAAUGGGAUGUGGCCAAAAAAAAUCCACAAUGGAUCGUGUCACUUGACUCCACCACACAGAGGGAUGGAGCUGAGAAAUUUGAGGAGGUAAACACUAACCUGGCCUUGGGCUAUCCUGAACAAAGCUCCAGUCACCUUAGUGAGAUCACUGAUUCUAAAAACAGACCUGCAGAUGAUAGAGAUGCAUCACGUGAUGAACCUGAGAUAGGAUUCCACAGAGACCAUUCUCACAUCACUAAUGAUACCAUUCAAGACUGUGAAACCAUCAGGAAAAAUGAGUUAAACAUGGAUCCUAUUGCAGGUCCUGAUUAUGUUUUAUCUAUCUCCGAUCAAGUUCCUGGAGAAUUAGUUCCUCUUUCCAGUCGUUAUGACCCAGAGAUCAUCUACUCAACAACAGAAACUUCUAGCUCCUCUUUUGGUGAAAAUGGUGGAAAUUCAGGUUCAGAUGCUCCUCCAGUUUACCUUGAGAAAGACCUCUCACCUCAAUUGACAAGAAGAAACAUCAUGGUAACGGACCCUGACUCUGCAACUUUUGACUUCUUCAGGUCCUCCUACACCAGCAGCUUUAAUCACAGCAAUAACUUCUCAGAUCUGCUGUAUGAAUCUGACCAACCAAAACAAGAGCAAGAACCUCAAGAACCAACAAUCUCCACCAGUCUCUCGUUCAAUACGUUUAACAAAUCAUUGUCUCCUGAAAGCAUCUUCUCUGCCACAGAUCAUUUGACAAGUUAUUCUUCCAUUUCUGACCUUUCUCACCAAUCUUUCUCUGAAGACCAUGAAUCAGAAAAUUGCCAAGGAAAUAAUUUGGAAGCAGAUAAAUAUGAUGAAGAAGGAAUUCAUGAAAUCCCAGCUCAAGGACUUUUCAGUAGAUCUGCAUUGUUUGAAAAGACAUCUAAUUUAUCAGAAGAGAAGGAACGUCAUGGUUUUUCAAUAAAUAAUGAGCCUGCGAGUGAAGCUGUGAUACGUGGAAAUGAUUUUUAUGUCAUGAAGUUGCUUAACAAUCAUUUGAAUGAGUCCGUUAACAGGAAAUAUUCACAAUGGGACAGAAGUGCUGUGAUGUUAAAUACAGAAGAAAAUCUUACAAGAAACUGGGAAGGUGACGUGGUAGAAGCAAGAAUAUUUCAAGAUGAGAACAUGGUUGGAUCUUUUUCCAUCAUGAAUAAGGUAAAAGAGAAUGCUGAAGAAAAGGCAUUUGGUCUGGAACAAAUGUUUCUCAGGAAUGAAGUGGAUACACAAGGUGGAGAAAGUGAGGCACCACCAGGUGAAGUUAACCAAAAGCUUGCAGAUCUCACGAUGAUCAAACCAGACGUGCCAGUUCUCCAAGUGUGUGUGUCUGAGGAAUGCAGCACUGCCCCUCCCUACAGUCUGCACGGUGAUGUGUCAGUCACGGACCGCGAGACAGAAACACACCUGUACAUGGAGGCUGGGUCAGGCCACUCCCAGGAGAUUGGAUCUCUGAUACCACCACAAUGGGAGGACUUGACAGGGGGUGGAGUCAAUGGCAGUGUUGUUCGACUCCAUGUGGAUAGAGAUAACAUCAAUACACGGGAGUCAGAGGCACAAUCUGUCACCUAUUACCAAGUCCCAAGAUUUGAAUCUGCUGAGCCACGAGGAUUACCAGAGACCAGAGAAACUUUCCAACAAAUUCAAGAGCAACAAAACGGCGGUGAUCAAGAGCACCAAGACAUUGUCGAGAAUCCCAUCCUCCAAUCAGAGAACACAGCCAAUUGCAGUAGAGAUACCUGUGGAAUCUUCACAGAACAAAGCAAGACUCCAGGAGGAAUUGUUGUUUGCAUCAGACAGUUUGGUGAAAAAGAGGAAAAUUGUCAAGAGUUGCCAAGAGAGAGGACGCUCUCGAACCAUCAGCCUGCACCAAGAUGCACAUCGCUUGACCGGUUCCCUCAUGCCACUUCUCCUCUCAGCACAGUAAUCGCAGAGUCUGACGCCGAGAUUCCCGUAGAAACUUGUCCUCAAGCAGAUACAGACAUGAGUGUUUCUCAUGUUGGGGUGCUGAGCACCACAUUAACACUGAAGCCCAAAGUGUCUCAGCAAGGACAAGAAGACGGCAAAAAAGUGCACAAGGUGUCCCUGGUGAACAACAGCAGCAGCACCACAAACACCUCCGUAUUUUUUAGACGUCAUGUGAAUGAAUUGGAUCACAGGGUUAGAAAUGACACCCUGGACAGUGGAACCAGACUCGAGACGGGCAGCGAUUGGAAGCCGAGGCACGAUGAGUACCAUGUUUUUGAAGGAGAAUCAAGAUCUUAUUUUACAGACAGAUCGGAGUCUGAGGUGUCAGGUAGCACACACCUGUACUCUUCACACUCCAGCGGCUCUGAGUAUGAACCGACCGCGCACCCCUCCCUCUCCUUCUCUUUUGAGCAUGAGCAGAAAACCCUCCCUUCAGCUGUCUCCUUGGACACAGCUGGUAGUCAUGGUAACAAUGCCUGGUGGAAUGCAAGGAGCGAAGUCCAGGUGAGUGGUGAGAGCCAGACAGGUGGGAGGAGCUGGGCGGGGCUUGCUGAACCUGUAGAGGAGAGUGAGGUGAAAAGAGACGGAGAAAUAACAAAUGCAGGCUCUCAUUACAGCACAGAGGAGACGGACGGCGUCUUCUCCGGCAUCUUCAAGGCAACUCUUGUGGAGCUUUCCCCCACUGACACUGAUCCGGAAACCCCAAUAGUCAGCUCUCCACAUGACAUGGAAAUCUUGAGGGACACACUGAAAAGCAUGGCACCUCCUGUUCGACACCGGCCCCUGCGCAACACCUCCAGUCUGCCUUUCUCAUCUCUGCCACCCAUUGUUGAAGACACCACCAGCCCUGCUCCUCUUGCGGUUUCCAGUAUCUCCACACCGACUUCUCCUGCAGUUGCCGAACCUCCGAAAGUCCUGCCGCUGGACCUGGGGUUAAACUGGAACACCUCAAAAGAUAUGCGUUCUCCUCUGACAAUGAUGACCAUGCUAAAGGAGCAGCAGGGUCAGGAUCCACAGGGACGCUCUCCUCUCUUACCAGCAAGAGCUUCCGCUCUCAGCAGCAUUGUCAUGUCCAAGAACUCACUUCCAAACCUCAACCUGGAUGAGGGAUCUCAAGUUAAUGGUAUUUUGGGAACCUCACGUCUGGAGCGCAGCCUGCUGUUUUCCAGUUACCGUUCUGAACAGACGGAAGAGAACCGCAAACCAUCAGCUCAACGGUCUCUCUUCCGAGCAGCCUCAUUGCCUGAGGUUAACUCUGGACACGACUAUCUCGGCAAGAUAUCCAAGGAACUGGACUCACCAGGGUCUACAGGGACCACUUAUGAGCUGUCCUUCCUCAAAUCACAACCAAGCUCCCUUCCAGGGUUGAUCGAGAAUUCUAGGAUCAGCAGGAGCCCUUUGGUCAUCCACAGCCCCACUACUGAGAGUCCGACCUCCAACAACACACCCUUACACAUCCUUUCAACAGAGUCAUCGGUUAAACCUCUAAGCCUGCAGCAGAACCUCAGCAUCGGCACGUCUUCUGUUGAUUCACCUGUCCAUAAUGGCGUCGGAAACAAGGAUCCUGGACCAGACAAGAACCUGCUGAUCAAGUACAAAGCGUUCCCAGAUGCCUAUCUCACAAAACAGAAAGAACACGGAAAACUGAACCCUCGACCUGGGAAGAUGUUCAUUUAUAGUCGUCCGGAACGACGUGGACAGAGGAUCGAGGUGAAGGGAGACGUGACGGACGCAACAGAGUGGGAGUUUCCGGAAAGUAUCUCCAUCAGAGUGGUCCGAGGAGGCUGGGUUUUAUAUGAGAAGCCGGACUUUAAAGGAGAGAAGAUCGCGCUGGAGGAAGGAGACACCGAGCUGACGAAUCCAUUCAGAGCACCAGAGGAGGAUGAGGCGAGAGCCGAGCAGAACGGAGAACAACAGAAUGGAGAACAGGAGAACGGAGAAUCCAAACAUACAGAACCGAAACGCCUCGUCAUCGGGUCACUGCGCAGAGCAGUGAGGGACUACAGCGUUCCUGAGAUCUGUCUCUUUCCUGAGGAGAAUGCUGAAGGAAAGAAAGUGGUGUUCAGGGACACGUCAGAAGACUCACGAAUCUACGGCUUCCCCGUAAAAGCCAACUCCAUCAUCAUCAACGCUGGGCUGUGGCUGGUGUUCUCUGAACCAUAUUUCCAGGGCGUCGAACGGGUCCUGGAGGUCGGAGGCUUCACAAAUCCAGCUGCCUGGGGCGUCACGCACCCAUACGUAGGCUCUCUGCAUCCUCUUAAAAUUGGAGAACCGAGAGUGGAGAGACCCAACGAGCCGAAACUGGUGAUCUAUGAGAAAUCGUAUUUCACUGGGAAAAGCCGAGAGAUUUACACCAACAUGAGGGACUUCAUCACCAAAACAGACCAACAGCAGAGGGCGUUCAUGUACAGCGUCGGCUCCCUGAAAGUCAUCGGUGGCAUAUGGGUGGGUUAUGAGAAGGAGGGCUUCCGGGGACAUCAGUACCUGCUGGAGGAGGGCGAGUACCACGACUGGCGAGCGUGGGGAGGCUGUGACUCGGAACUGCGCUCGGUCCGGGUCAUCCGAACUGACCUGAGCGACCCCAUGUUGGUGAUGUGCGAGAUGUCAAGUGAGGAAGUGGAGGAAGAGAACACGCUCGAGGUGAUGGAGGCCAUCCCCGAUGUGGAGGUGUUCAAUUUCCACACGUCAACACGCUCGAUCAGCGUAUUCAGUGGCGCGUGGGUGGCGUACUCUCACGUGGAUUACUCAGGAAACCAGUACGUCCUGGAGAAAGGUUUCUACAACAACUGUGCAGACUGGGGCUCGGGAGAUAACCGGAUCUGCUCCAUCCAGCCCAUCCUGCCUGCUGUGGCUGAUUCUCAGGCUUUCAGCAGCGAGCUGAUGGUGUACACGGAGCCGAAUUUCCAGGGGACGUGUCAGGUUCACCGCGAUAGUGAGGAGUUUCUGUCCGAGAGACGAACAGUGCAGUCCUGCAGGGUGUCGGGAGGAAGCUGGGUUCUGUACGAGGCGAACAGCUUCUUGGGGAACCAGUACGUCCUGUCAGAAGGAGAUUACCCGAAUCUCACCAGCAUGGGCUGCUCCGAGACCUGCGUCCUGAGAUCUGUAAAACCUGUCCCGAUCAUGUUCACAGUGCCGAACAUCUCUCUGUUCGGUUUGGAGUGUUUCGAGGGACGUGAACUCUCCCUGGAAGCGGAGGUGUCUUGUAUGAUGGAAGGAGGGUUUAAUCCUCACUUCCUGUCUGUGAGGGUCAACAGCGGCUGCUGGGUGCUGUGUGAGUACAAUAACUACAGGGGACGCCAGUUCCUCCUCGAACCCAUGGAGAUCACAAACUGGCCCAAAUUCAGCUCGCUCACGUCCAUCAGCUCCUUGUACCCGAUCCAAGAGAAGAGGCGAGUGUUCCGGAUCCGUCAUAAAGAGAGUGGACUCUACAUGUCAGUGCAGGGCGGAGUGGAUGCAAUGAAGACGGGACGUGUGGUGGUGUCCGAAAACGUGGAGGGUCUGAGUGAUGUGUGGUUCUAUCAGGACGGCCUCAUCAAGAACAAGUUGGCGCAGGCGAUGAGUCUGCAGGUCGUGGGAAAUGUGGAACCAGGAGCGAAGGUGGUUCUGUGGUCAGAAACCCGAACUCCUGUUCAGACCUGGAGCGCCAAACUGAGCGGCUCCAUCUCCAGCCUCACCUUCCCUGGCCUGCUGCUGGACAUGAAGGGUGGUAAAACGUACGAUAAGGAGCAUUUGGUUGUUCGGAACGAGACUGAAGACAGACCCGCUCCGCUAUGGGACAUCGAAUUAAUCUAAGCCCCGCCUCCUGUAUGGUUCCUUUGACCUUUAUUUAAUAUUUAUUCCAUCAGCUAACAUCCUACAUUCAGCUGAUAAAGGUGCAGUUUUACAUCAUCAGGUCCCUCAUUGUUUCACACCAACAGCUUGGAAAUAUUAUGCUGUCUGUCCACAUGAGGGAGCCCAAGAGCUAACAAAGGAACAAACCAACAAAUAAACAAACAAAAAAUCUCCAAUUAACACCAGUCGAAAGAUUCAGUGCUAGUAUUUUGGAUUCAUUUGCAUCUUUUGUUUUGUUUAACGUCAACAGUUUGUUGCUCACCGGCUGAAACUGAUGAAGCUGAAGUUCCACAGUUUAAAACACGAAAUGAUUAACUAGUGUUACAGUAAACCACGCAGCAUUAUAAUAAACACACUAACACAUAAACAAGCACAAGCGUGAUCAUGCUAAUUCCUAACACACGCACACACUAGCAUUACAGUAACCACCUGAACAAAAAUUACUAGCGUUAUAGGAAACACGCUAACAUGUGAACUAAUACUAUGUAAAUAAACAUGAAACAUAAAAUAAUUAGCAUUUACAUUAACAUUUUAACACUGACCUGAUGUUACAGUAAACAUGCUAACACAUGAGCUUCUUGUAAACAGCCUAAAUAACAAACACAAACGUAAACAUGGUAAAUUCUGACCUGCAUCACAUUAAAUUAGCGAACACAAGAAUUCGGAUGAAUAAUCGGCUAAUCAUGAAAGAACACAACUGAUUUGUAUUGAUAUAAAUCGGUAUCAUCGUGCAAUCGAAAGCUACACGAUGUGAAAUUAGCGUCUGUUCUGUGUUCGAGUAAACACAGCCUGUUUGUUUUUCCUGUGUUACACCGAGCGACACAGCCGCUUUAAUCAGCAGCUCCACGGCAGCCAUUUUGACCGUUUCUGGGUUUUUUCAUCUGCUAACUCACGUUGUUCUUUCACUCGCUGCUUAGCAACAAGUAAUCAUUACAUUAAUCUUAGCUACGAAGUGUUUAGCAGUGAAGAGCGCUGUUCUGCUCAGUGUGUUUAUUGACAGUGUUAAGUGCAUCAACUUUUUAAUGUACAUAGAGGUCACCUGAGGUCACGGCAGGAAGGGGGUGAGAACUCAAGAACCGCUUACUGAGCAGAUUUGCGCUGGAAUACGAGCGAAACGGCUCUGAACUUUCAGAACGCUUUACCUUUUUUGGACACGGACUUUGUUGAUCAUGUGGACUUUGAUGAAACAGUUUUAUUGUUUAAUGUGUAAAUGUGAUUUUAAUAAUGACGACAUUCAUGUUAGCAAUUACGUCUGCUUUUACUGGGGUGUGUGUUGGAUGUGUGUGUGUUUAACUUUCAUGAAAUGCCAAAUGACAGGUGUUCCUCUGAGUAUUCAUCCAUCAGUUGUUGUUGUUUUUACAUUGUCCUGUGAUUUUUAUUUUUCAAAGUGCAGUGUGAAUUAUUCUGUAACAGGGAGUGGAUUCAAUUUUGAAAAUAAAUAAACAUCCUCCUG